AAGGGCCAAAAACCCUUCAUUCCACCUCUCCCCCUCUCUCUCUCUCUCCCUCUCUCCCUUCCCAAAUUCCCUCCCGCCGCUUCGUUAUCUCCAAAACCCUUACCACCACGCCGCCGCCUGGUGGUGCUUCUCCGAUAACCCGAAUUACAAAACCGUAGAACUUCCGCAGCAGCCGAAAUGGAGGCCACGGCGGCUUCGGACCUCUCCGACGGACCAGUCCUCAGCCUCAUCAACAAGCGCAUCCGAGCCCUCCGCAAAAAGCAGAACCGCAUAAUCCAGAUGGAGGAGUCUCUUGCCCAAGGCAAGGUCCUCAACAAGGAGCAGGAGGGCGUCCUCAAAUCCAAGUCCGGCGUCUUUGCCCUAAUCGAAGAGCUUGAGAAGCUUCGACAGCCUCUCGCUGACGCCGUCGCCGAAGAGCAAAGCCUCGCCGUGCAGCGCCAUCAGGUCUCCGCCUCUACCCAGCCUAUCUCCGAUGAUAAGCCCAAUGUUGUCCAGCCCAGUGAAUCGGACGAUUGCCAAGCUGCCGCCGUCGAAGAGCUUCUGAAUCUGCUCUACUUUGGGUCCUUGUUCGACGUGAAGUCGCAGAGUGACUUCACCCGGAUUAUUCUAACCAGGACCCACGAGAGAGAAUGCUGCUUGACCUACGAUACCAUCACUGACGACGACACUGAGAUGCUGGCCCCGAGGGACUUGGAUUUGAUUUCGUCUCUCGGUGGAUUUUUGAUCUCGCGGCCCGGCGAUUCCAGCUUGUCGCAUAAGAAUGCGUUGCAGCAAUGCCUCGAACACGCCAAGCGUUGGCUCGCUAAAUCGGAGCAACCCAUUGAGCCGAAUUCCAAUGUGACAUAUGCGGGCUUGAGAGAGAGGCUCAGUAAGAUUAUGGCUUCGGACUACUUUACCACAACGCCGCAAAUGAAAGAAGUUUCGGCCGCAGCAGCUGCAGGGAACUAUGCUCCAUUUCAGGUGCCGGUACAUGAGCCUAUCUUGCCUGUUGAAGUGCCUGUCCAGUUGGAUUUCCAGCAGAAGGUUGAAGACACUGCAAAUUUUCAAGGACAUGAUACUGUUGAUAGCCAAUCGAGUCAUACAGAGGAACUUCAGAAGGAUGAAGUAGUGAAAGAAAAUCAGUCGGAGGCUGUCUCAGCUCAACAAGAACAGGUUCAGCUAGAAACAGAAGCAGACUACAACCAGAGAGAUGUAGAAUUCGAGCAACAGCAUGCUUCUCGCAGACCAUACCAAAACCAAAGAGGUGGUCGUGGGGGAGGUGGCCGUAGAGGUUACACUAAUGGCCGUGGAGGUCGAGGUAAUGGCAGAGGAGGUGGUUCCUUCCAGAAUGGUCGCAACCAGUAUUACGACCAGCCUGGAAGUUACUAUCCAAGACCCUACUAUAACAACAGGGGAAGGGGCGGUAGGGGUGGCGGGUCCUCAUACAACCACCAAGGUGCAGCUCAAGAGGGUCAUGCCUCGGCCAACGUUGGAGUUGCUUCAUAAUGGUACUUUCAGUCUCUGUAGAAUGUUUCUUUCUAGUUUUUGUAUGGGGCGGUGGGGUGGAGACGUUUGCCGCAUUGCAUGAAACAUGGUUUUUCGAUGUGGGUGGUUGACGGACUCACCAUCUGGGAUGGUUUUUGGUCGUCUGUCGUUCAGUUAAUGUGUUUUGUGUUGGAAAACCUCCAAAGAUAUAAAGAUGUUGAAGUAUUUUUGGGAC